AUGUCAAUGGUGCCUUCUGCAGUUAGCCGCCAGAAUUGUGUAGCGUGCUUGUGUCUGUUACCUCAUCAUUACACAAGUCCAGUAAGUAUCCAGUUUGUAUUGUUUGCUAGCUUGUGCAGGUUGCCUCUUGACAGUGCCAUUUUACCAUGUAAUGUUGUUUGCCUUGAACUCAGCAUGAGGUGGGAUGCCGAAGUUUUCUCAUCUGUCUUAAAUGAUUACCAUAAGCUUCUCUACUUAGUUGCAUCUCCGUGGAUAUUGGAUAUGCUUAAUUGGCAUAAAUACUUGAUUUCUCUCACCAACCUAUUGGCUGAGUUUACCCUGUCUGCCUUUUGA